AUGCGGGCAAAUACAAUAGAAAAGAAAGACCAGGCUGAUCGCAUUCUUUUUACAACUCGCUGCUCUGCUCGUGGUCAUCCAUGCGAGUCACUGGUAUCAUCUUUCAAUCAGUUCCUCAUUAGCAGCAAUACUGAACCCAGACACGAGCUGGACUCGGCAUUUGCCCAACCUAUCGACCUGUUUAAAUUCAAUCAGUUAUCGGUGAGGUUUUCCACGAACUAA